GCUAGCUGGCAGUGGAAGCUACUGCUCUGAUCUCUCUGCUCUGAUGGGGUUUACCACCCACAGAGUCAGGGCUUGGGGUCCUGAGGGCACUGAGUGCUUCUGUCGCUGAUCCCUGACCCCAUCUAUUCCUCCCUCCCACUGGGCAUUGCUCUACCAUACCAAACCCUUACAACUUACCAACGUAGCUGUGGCUGCUAACGCAUGCUAUCCGAUGCCUAAGGAUCGAACCUCAACGAGAAGGCUAACUGGACGGCUCAUGGAUUGCUAACAGAUUGCUAAUUGGAAGCUAACCAGAACUGAACCAGAAGCACGGACUUCUAAUCAGGCUCUGGACUGCUAAAGAAUCAGUAACCAGCUUUCAGCCCCCUACGCCGCUCUCCGCUCACCCAAGGACGACUGACCUGGCCAGGGGACAAGAGGCUAAUAUGACAGCUGUUGUAGCAGUAUCUAUCCUCCUCUCCCUCCUCCUCCCUCUAUCCCUCUCCUGUCCUAAGGGUUGUGUCUGUGACGGCCGGACGAAAGUCGUCGACUGCCGAGGGCGGGGCUUAUAUGACAUCCCUCGCCAUCUCCAACCCGACACUCUAGAACUCCAUCUCCAGGACAACCGUAUCCGAGGGCUGGGUUCCAUGGCAUUCCGAGACACGCCCCUGCUGCGUGUUUUGGACCUAUCCAAUAAUUCCAUCACGUCUGUGUCUCCCUCUACACUACUCGGUCUGAGAGGGCUACAACGUCUCAGUCUGGCCAGUAAUGCCCUGAGAGAACUGGACAGAAGACUGCUAGGGCCAAUACGAUCUCUAUCACACCUAGAUCUGUCCCACAACAGUCUGACGGGUCUGCCUGGAGCUAUGGGGGAGAGCCUGAGGAACCUGUCCCAGCUAGGGCUAGCCCACAACAGGCUGCAGCGGCUGGACAAGUCCCUACUGGAGAACCUGGAGGGCCUAGGUCAUCUAAGCCUGAAAGGGAACCCCUGGAGGUGUGACUGCCAGGUCAUAGGCCUCAAACUGUGGCUGGAGACCUUCCUCUUCAGAGGUGGAGUGGUGGAUGAGGUCUCCUGCUCCAAACCAGAGGAGAUGAAGGACAAAGAUCUCCAGAAUGUUCCCUACCAGCUCUUCCAUUCCUGCAUGACCACCAGCUACAACUACCUGUUCUCCAACAUACACCACCUGGAGUCUGACAGGUCCAACAGGGGUCACACCCACGGCAACACACACGGCAAUGGCAACCCGCACGGCCCCCUGGGAAUGGGGGAGGGGUAUGGAGGAGGGGGAAGUGGUCUCCCUGAGUGCGAGCCCAAGCAGAGACCUCGCCCGGUGAACCUGCGUCAUGCCAUCGCCACGGUGAUCGUGACUGGCGUGGUGUGUGGCAUCGUGUUGAUGAUGAUGCUGGCUGCAGCGGUGUACGGCUGUGCCUACGCCGCCCUCAUGGCCAAGUACCAGCGGGAGCUGAAGAAGAGUGAGGAGACGAGUAAGGGCGAUCAUGGCAGCGCAGACGAGAAGGAACCACUGGAGAACGCUAUCGCCUAGACGAUGGGAUUGAGUGAACUGUGAACUUUAACCCACAAACUUUGAAUCUGUAACUUUGAACCCUGUACCUGAAAGUACUGUCAUAGGUGUGUGUCUGUGUGUGUGUGUGUGUGUGUGUGUGUGUGUGUGUGUGUCUGUGUGUGUGUGUGUGUGUGCGUGUGUGUGUGUGCCCUGACUUAAAACUCAAAUCUUCAGCUUAAACUUUAACCUCUAGUCCCAUGGACUAAACUGGGACCUGACCCAAAACCCAUCAUUCAUACCUGGUCUACACCUUAAGCAGAGGACAGGACAGCACAUAUCAACCGCUGCUGGAGAAAGCCAUUGCCUGUGACAGGUUUUGUUGGUAUCAAUAGUUCACCUCAUAGUGAAAGUUGUAAUGCUAUUUUCCAACACAACACCCCAUGUUGUCCCAAAACUACUAAAUGCAAAUAAGAGAACUACAGACCAUAUCUACUGAGAGUUGAAAUCCGUACAAAGUUAGCACUUCAGAAGGGAAAGAGAGAAAGGAAGCGAGAAACGUCUUGUGCAGUAUUGACCCAUCUUACAUAUCUCCACUCCUUUACUUUACAGUGAACAUGUUGUAAUGUAUCUCUCUGGAUGAUAACCAGGGAAGAAUGCUGUGGUGUGGAGCGGAGGCUUGGUACAUCAGGUGCUGUGAAUAUAAACUGGGCAAGACACAAAUCUCUACAUCUCUGUGUCUGUGGACUCCCAAAUAUAUCACAACAUAUCAAUUCCAUUUCCUCUGAGGGUAGUAAAAAUGGAUAAAAAAACAUGUUGAUAAAUGUUUUGUUUGUUGAUAGUGUAAAAUGUUAUCUUCUGAAUAAUUAGUAGUUUGAUUUAUGUUUUUUUUUGUAACCUAUUGUUCAUAUCUUUUGAUUCGGUCUAAUUUUGAAGUGCAGAUUCUUAGUAGGCAGCUACGAUGCUUUUUAAAAAUACCCUAAAUACCCUUUAGGUAAGAAACCUCUUUUGGGAGGGCGACCUGGCCAAGAGGUUUGUGUGUGUGUGUGUGUGUGUGUGUGUGUGUGUGUGUGUGUGUGUGUGUGUGUGUGUGUGUGUGUGUGUGUGUGUGUGUGUGUGUGUGUGUG